AUGGCUUGGGUUGGUUGGAAACUAAUGUGCUAUCCUAAGUCUAAAGGGAGUUUGGGCUUCCAAAACUUGCAAGCUUUUAAUCUAGCUAUGUUGGCAAAGCAAGCUUGGAGAAUCCUUACAAACCCAACAUCCCUUAUUACCCGGGUCCUCAAAGCACGUUACUUUCCUUCCGGAGACAUCCUUAGUGCAACUCUUGGCUCUAACCCAUCCUACUCUUGGAGCAUCUUUAAUAGUUUAGAGGUCAUUAGAAAGGGAACCCGGUGGAGAGUGGGCAAUGGCAAACAAAUUCACAUAUGGGAUGACAAAUGGCUCCCCACACCCACCACACACAAAGUCAUCACCCCUCCUAAUAACCUCUUAAUCUUUCCCAUGGUCUCUUCCCUCAUUGAUCCGGCCACAAAAUGGUGGAGAGUUGAUGUCAUUAGAGCAACCUUCCUCCUCUUUGAAGCUGAAACAAUUCUUAGGAUACCUCUCAGCCAAAGUUUGCCUGAAGACAAAUUAAUUUGGAUGAGGAACAGCCAUGCUGAGUUCACUGUGAAGAGUGCUUACCAUAUGGCCCACUGCUUGGUUGAAGAAAAUGAUGAUGUUGGUAGCUCCAAGGGGGACCCUCUCAAGCCCCUCUAG